AUAGAAUAGUGAUCUUUCAAUCUUCGUCCUCAACCAGUCCUCUCCUCCGCUCACAGACGGCUACGAGUGAAGCUCGUCCCAAACCAAUCUUCACGAGUCGGCUGGUAGGGUAGUACCCUCGUUUGGAUCGGCUCAGAGCCGGCGCGACCACGUCAUGGCGAGUUUGAAGCUGUACGGCAUGGGCUACUCGCCCUUCGUCCGCCGCGUCUUGCUCACGCUGCACGAACUCGGCAUCGAGGACUACGAGUGGGAACAGGUCGACGCCCCCAAGGGCGAGGCGCGCACGCCCGCGUUUCUCGCGAAGCAGCCCUUCGGGAAGGUGCCUCUGCUCGAGGACGACGGCGAGUGCAUCUGGGAGUCGCGAGCCAUCAUGCGCUAUCUCGCCGACAAGUACGGCCCGGAGCGCGGAGUGAACCUGCUGGGGAGGGACGCGCUGGAGCGCGGGCGCGUGAACCAGUGGAUCGAGACGGAGGUCAAUGGCUACUCGCCUGAGGCCCUCGCGAUCACGUUCGAGCGUGUGUUCAAGAAGUUCCGCAAUAUGGGCGAGCCUGACGAGGAGAAGGUGGCCGCGGCGACAAAGAAGUUCGAGAAGAUCCUCGAUGUCUACGAGAAGCAUCUGGAAGGGAGAGAGUAUCUGGUGGGCGACUCGAUGACUCUGGCGGAUCUGACGCAUCUGCCAGUCACCGAGCACCUCAAGGUGGCAGGAGCUGGCCAUCUGUUCGAUUCCCGCCCAAACCUGAAGGCGUGGCGGAGCCGCUUGUUUUCCCGCCCUGCUUGGCAGAAGCUGAAGGAGGUUGCACCACUGCCCAUGGUUUAAAAUUAUACUCGUGAUAUGAGGGAUCUGUAUGCAGUAAGACUCUAGUCAGGCUAUUGAUAAAACAUUUAUAACCAUAUUAAUUUGAAAGUUUACUGCAAAUAAAAUUUACAUGAAGAGUGAACUGUUGACGAGUGGCAUAAUCCAC